AUGGAAGAUAAUGGCAUGCCAGAAGACGCUGCUCUAAGGCGGCAGCAGCAUCAGGAGCAACAACAACAACGGCAGCAGAUUGUAUCGGGCCCAGACCCAAAUGCAGAGGCCUGGCAGCUUGAGCUGUACUACCUGCUGGAGUCGAUAGAGGCAUGCCAACAGCAGUUGGUUCUCCUUUGUGAAACACAUACUGGAGCAGCACGUACUGCUGCUGCUGCAUCCGGCGGAGAUGCAGCCAAAGCUGCUAGCCCCUCACUGGGGGACUCUAGGACACAGGAAUUCGCGACAAAUUGUAUUAUGCUCCUGUGCACAGACGCCGCAUCGCCAGCACAGCGUCAGCAGGCCGAGGUGUCUUUGAUGGCGUUCCAGGGAUCCCCAGGCUACCUCACAUUACUUCUGCAGUGCUACUUACGCUGUACGGCAACUGCCGCCGCAGCAGCAGCAGUCGCAACAAAGGGAGCAGCAGCAGCAGCAGACCAGCUGGUACAGCUCACUGGAAAGCUGCAACCGCCAGUGCCCCACGACCCGGAAGCCCCCUUUGCUGCGCUGGUCCUGCUUAAGGGAGCACUCCAAAGCAGAUCUACGGUGAGCAGUAGCAGCUGCAGCCCCUCUGACAGCAGCAGGGGCAGCGCCCUGCAGAAGGCUGUGGGACUGACGGAACAGCAGCAGCAGCAGGCGAUGAGUCAGGAGCAGGCACGAGGCUCUGAUGCUGCUGAUGAUGUGCUAAAGGGGGAACUGGCAUUUGUACAGGCAUUGCUGGUGUGUCUGUACAAGGUAGUGGGCGCCCCACGUUGUUCGCGCAUGCUCAAGGUGUACGUGGCGCUGCUGCGGCGCCUGGCGAGGGCUGCAGCAACGACAGCAGCAACGAGUGCAACAGUAGCCAGGCUGCAGCAAGUGCUGUCGCAGCAGUCAGUACAGGAAACGUUAAAUAGCUACAGCAGCUGCAGCUCUUCCUGGGGAAGCGUCUUGCCUCUUGGUUGUGGGACACAGCCACUGCAGCUCCAGCAGACGGUGCGCGAGGCGGCAGCAACGGAUGGGGCACUGUUGCUGCUGGUGCUUGAGACAACGAUCGUACGACUGCUGAGAGCAGCACAACGAGAUGAUGCGGACACUGCUCUGUACGCGCACCUCCUAAAGCAGCUCCUGAAGGAGCUGGUGACUGUAAGGAUUGGUGGGGGCCAGUUGUUCUUCGCCGUCUGCACGACGCUGCUGCCUUUUCUUAGUCAGCUCGUGGCAGCUCUUGCGGGCCGUGUGUUGCCGCUGGUUAGGGUUAAUAUCCAGCUUCUAGGGGAGCAGCAGCAGCUGCAGCAGCGCCUGGACAAGCAGUUGGGGUACAGCCGUGAAGGGGGCCCGCAGUCGCCGCCACAGCAACAGCACCAGCAGCAGCAGGAGGUUCAGUGGUUGCAGGAGCAAGUAGAACGCAUGCAGCGCGAAAUCUACGCACACAGUGAAACCUGGGAAGACAUGGCAAAGGUGUUGGCCCAUAUUUCGAGCUCGCUGCUCAUGUGUGAAGCCAGGGCUGGCAGGGCAUCGCAGGAUGUGGGAGACGUAACGGCUUUACAGGAGCUUCAUGAAUUGGUGCUGCUGUUGCUGCAGCAGCAGCAACUGUCGGGGGGCGGAACUCCUUACUCAGCGAGGGCUGCGUUCAAGCUUUUUAAAGUUCUUCUUAGAGGCAAGGGAUCACAGCAGCAGUAG